AUGAUCAUCAUAUUCCUUUGUAUUACUUUUAGAUCUAUUCUGGUUUCAGGUUCCUCUCUCAGUGACAACGUCCACCAGACUCCAGCUGACACGUUCAAGAAACCAAAUGAACCUGCAACAAUUAGCUGUUCACACAGUAUUCCGAACUAUGAUCGAGUCCUCUGGUACAAGCAGUCAAAGAAUAAAAAACUGCAGUUCCUGGGAUACAUGUAUAAAAAUAAUGGGAACCCAGAGGCUGGAUUGGGUAUAAAAAUGGAUGGGAGUGCAGAUAAAGACCAGACAAGCACAUUAACAAUAGAAGAACUCAGCCUGAACAGCAGUGCAGUGUACUUCUGUGCUGCUACCUGGUCAGGACCAGGCUAUAAUCCUGCUUUCUUUGGAAAAGGAACCAAACUGACAGUUUUAGAACCAGGCCAUAACAUCACCGAACCAACGGUGAAAGUGCUUCCACCUUCAGAAAAUGAGUGUCAAAAGCAGAAAGACGAUUCGAGGAAGAAGACCCUUGUUUGUGUGGCCAGUGGAUUCUACCCAGACCAUGUUACUGUUGAAUGGAAGGUCAACGGGGAUAAGGUCACCAACGGUUUGGCGACUGAUAACGAUGCCCUGCAGGUAGAAGACAAGUCUUACAGAAUCACCAGCAGGCUGAGUGUCUCUGUAGAAGACUGGUUCACACCCGGCAAAAGUUUCACCUGCAUCGUCAAAUUCUUCAAUGGAAAGGAAACAAUCAGUCAUAAAGCUACAGUUCUGGGUGUUGAAGCUAAAGGUGAAGGCGGCAUGACAAGAGAGUAUUAUCUGAAGAUCUCACAGACGGCCAAACUCUCCUACGCUCUUCUAAUCAUCAAGAGCAGCCUCUAUGGAGCCUUUGUGGCCUUUCUGGUGUGGAAGCUUCAGCGGUCAACUGGAAAACGGAGCAACUGAGAGCUGAGGCCUGAACAAAUGAAAUCUAUGUGGAACAGUGUUGAAUCCUGUAAAUAAAAAUGUAAAAAAAAAAAAAAAACAUUUGUGCAUGUGGAUGUGCAUUUGUAUUGUGCUAAACUAGAUUGAGAGCUCUAUGCACAUUCUUGUUGUAAUCUCAAAGCUACUGUAUAUCUGGCAUGCAAAUACUUUGGAAUCAUAUUUUUAGAAAUACUUAAUUCUGUGUGCUUGUGCUAAUUGGAUACAUUUUUUUACUCUUAAUAAAAGCAUUUCAGAGAA